UUUUUUCGAGACGCAGAAGGAACGGAGCUCUUAUCUCUGCGAAAAAUGGAUUAUUCCAAUAUAUUUUGUAAUUAUCUUAUUAGAAAAUAGGUUGCGGGUUGGAAUCACAACAAUAUAAAUAUAAAUAUCACCGUGUCGUCGAAGGUGUACGCGCGCUGUACACUCGCUUAAGAAACGCAGUAGAAACGCAGCGAAAAUGUUUUAUUAUCUUGCAAUGUUCACAUCCGUAUCUUCCGUCGUCGCCAAUAUGUCCGUCGCGCCAGUUAUCGACUUCGCAAUCUUCAUCUCCUAAAGCACGCGUCAGCGUACAUUUAGUGCGUAAGCAUUUUGAUUAAUUUCAACUUGCAAGCAUCAGCAAUAAUAACAAUAAUAAUAAUAAUAAUAACAACAACAAGAAGAAGACAAACAAAUCUAAUAAUAGCGUGUUGUGCAAAAUUCAAAGUGUGUGCAGGAGCAACACACACAUAGGUUGCUGGUGGCUUGUGUGUUGUAAUCCAGUCUAGCACCUAACAUGUCCGAAAAGCAUGGCCAGCUUAGUGGUGCGCAGUGGACGACGAAAUCAGCAGCAGCGGGAAGCACGGCAGUGGCAGCAGCUGUGGCAGCGGCAGCAACGGCGACGUCGCUACAGAAGCAUCAGCAACCCAAUUCCAAUUCCAUAUAUGAAGCAACAGCAACAGUUGCCACUAGUCCAUAUGGCCUUGGUGGAGCUCCCGUUCCAGUUGCGGUUCCGGGAUCGAUUCCGGACAUUCCCACAUAUACUUCAGGACGCUUUCAAGCUCCGCCCAUACACAUGCAUCCGGCUAAAUCGUCACCUUUGACCAUUGCGCCAAUUGUGACAGCAAACCAGCCACAGUCGCAGUGCCAGGUGUCGCCCACAAUCACAAAUGUACCUGCUCCCAGUGGUGGAUUCGUGCCGCCAGUGUUUCCAAAUAUGACCACUCCUGGCUCUGUAGCUAGUGGCACCACAUCUGUGCUAACGCCAAAUCCCUUUGCCGCCGCCGCUGGCAAUCCCGGACUGGCGUUUGUCAAUGCCUUCAACUUUAGUAAUGCUCAGCAAUUGGAACUGGGCAAGAUAAUGCAUGCGAUGAAUGCUUCUUCGCCUGCAGCAUCAGCAGCACCGAGGCAUCCACAACCCACACAUCCUUCUCAUAACCAUCCCAGUGAAGGUGGCACAGUUGUGGCACCACCCGUUGCGCCCAGUGGUGCAAUCAACUCCACUAUUGCGGAGAAUGUUAUGAAUGCGCUGUCCAGCGACGAGGAGCGAAUGAGACGAGUUCAGCAGGUCAUCGAAGCUAGCCUUGAUGCCACUGCUAAGGUGCAGAUCAGCCAGAUUCUGGACAGUGUGUCGGGCUUGAAGCCAAUUGAGAAACUAUAUCUGUAUUUGCGCUUGCCUGGCGAGAGUGCGGACACUGAUCCACUGCGACAGCCACAGAAUCCGCUGGGCACACGCUCCGAGAUUAAUCAUACCAUCAACUGGGUGCGUUCGCAUCUGGAGCAUGAUGCUCAGGUUUCCAUACCAAAGCAGGACGUUUACAAUGAUUAUAUCGCCUACUGUGAACGCCUGAGCAUCAAGCCGCUCUCAACGGCUGACUUUGGCAAGGUAAUGAAGCAAGUUUUUCCCGGCGUCCGACCACGUCGCCUGGGAACGCGUGGAAAUUCGCGCUAUUGUUAUGCAGCAAUGCGGAAGACAACGAAACUGACGCCUCCGCAGCUGCCGCAACUGUGCAAGGAUGAGCCGCUUAGCGAGUCGGAGACCAAUGAAGCCCCACAGCUAACACAGUCAAAUAGAUCGCCCAGCGUUGCAGGCAGCAUAGGUGCGUUAUCUUCAGAUAACGACGGUUCCUGGGAUGUAGUACGCAAUUGGGCUGAAAAGCUGCUCAACACGAAGCUGGACAGCGUCACGGAACUUGCCACACGCAUCAAAAGCAACAAUGCAACGAUUAUUGGCGGCUCAGCCCCCAAGAAAUACACACCCAGAGAGCCCAAGGAGAAGCGUUUACUUGCGGAUAUGGGACCGCUGAAGAAGCGACGCAAAAAGAAACGUAAAGGCUCCACAUCCUCGGAAUCGAGCUGCAAUCAACCAAAUGCCUCGCAAGAUGCAGGCAGCAGUCAGGAAGCAGCCAGCGAUGAUCAUAAAACUGAACAGUUAUUAAAGAUCAAGCAGGAGAUUAUAGACUCACCCAAUAGCUAUUUGACUGGCCAACAGCAGCAGAUGUUGCCCAUGAAUCUGGCCACCGAGCCACGCAGCAAUGCUGUGCGUAAUCUGACGCCCAAGCUAAUGGAACUGCAAGCGGAGCAAGCAUCCCAGCAGCCAAUGUCGCCCAGUGGACUGAUCAUCAAGGACGAGGCGGAAGAGUACAAUACAACAAACAUAUUUUGCAAGAAAGUGCUGAAGGCGCAACAGACCAAAGGCUUCUGGGCGAAUUCGCCAAUCAGCGGGAGCACAAGCAACUUGCUUGUACCUCCAGUGAUUACCACAACGGCGGCCACACCCCCUCCGUCUACACAGCCGCCUCCUGACCACUCGCCCGUAACUGUGACGCCAUUGUCAAUGGGCCCGCCAGCUCAGUUGAAUCAUCAGAGCUCGGUGAGUCCAUCGAGCAGUCUGGAUACGAACAGCAGCACACCAAAGGUUGCAUCCCGCAACAUGAUGUUGCUGAGGGCCAAAAGGAUUAUGGCAGAGAAUGCAGCAGCUUUGGCAGCUGCCGAGGAUUCAGGAUUGCCUGAGAAUUUGGGACUGCCGCGUGAACGUGUCAUUAGCAUCUGCAAUAUGGAUAAACAUGAGCUGGAUGAUUACUUUCUGCCCGGCGAUGAUGAGGAGGAGAACUCCGAGGGGCCGGAUACCGAGCUGCUUCAAUAUUUUCAGAUAGGAGACGCUGAGGAAAAACAACUGAAUUCCUUAGAUGCUCAAGCAGAACAACACAGAAAUCCACAAACUGCGUCAGCUACUGCAAUAACAAAUGCAAUGGCAACGGCAAUGGCAAUGGCAACUGCAAGGUCAGCCACAGCAACAGCAACAACAGCGAUGCAACAGCAACUGCCACAACAACAGCAGUUGCAGCAACAGCAACAACAACAGCAGUUGCAGCAAAUGCGUCGAUCAAUGCCAUUGUCAACAGCAACUGUAGCAAUAGCUGCAGCAAAUGUUGUGGGUUCUGCCUCAGCGUCUCUGGCACUAAUGUCACGAAAGCAUCAACAACAACAACAACAACAGCAGCAGCUGCGACCCAACAACAGCAGCAGCAGCAGUAAUAAUAAUAAUAAUAAUAACAGCAACAAACGCAAAAUCAGUCUAACAAAUGCCUCCAGCAAUGGCAGCAAUAAGAACUGCAUUUUUUUGCCAAUUUCCCCCAACAGCAACGGCAACGGGAAUGGAAACAACAACAGCAGCUGCAACCCAGCACCGGGAAUAACAGCAACAACUUCAACAACUGGACAGCCGGCUACACAAAACUGUUUUGCCAGUCCAGGAUUAACCAGGAUGCGACAGCGUUCGAGUUUGCUAACCAAACAGCAAUCGCUGGACUUUGACAACAACGGCAACGGGGAUCCAAUGAUUGGAGCACAUAGGCGCAGACGGAGCUAUGUCUACAGUUAUCCAAGCAGCAGUUCCGCCUCGGCACCGCCCAGCCCCUCACUCCUGCAACAGUGCAUGGGCGCCAAUUGGUCAUUCAAUGGCAACAUAGGCAGCAGCAACCAGUUCAGCGAGAGCAACAGCAAUAACACCAACGCCAACAACGUCGAGCUGCUGGUCAAUCAAAACUCAAUGGAUUUGGAAACCAGUCUGGCGCUAAGCGGUGCCAAUAUGGAGCUAAAUGAAACACAACGAUCGCAGUCGGUGCCGCUGUCACAGCUGCAGCGCAGCAGCAAUCAUUCACCCUCAACGGGCUAUAACCGUCAGUUGAGUCAGGCGAUUAGCACUGGCUUAGUCAAUGAUGCGCUCUUUUCGGAGAACAGCAACAGUCAACAGUCUGUGGCGACAUUGAAGCUGGGAGGCGGUGAUGUGGAUGUCUCGACGAGCUUGCUCUAUGAUGAUGUGGACGUGAGUGCACUCAUUUCACCCAGCUUUAACAGUAAGUUCAGUGGCAUACAAACGACAACGACAUGCAGCUCAUCGGCUGGCUCCUCUAGUGGCUACAGCAGCGCUGGCAGUGCCGGCGGCAUUGUGUCCCGUUCCGUGCCCUCGACACCGCUGCCACAUCAGCAAUCGCAGCAACAGGGAUGCAACAACAGCCAAAACACAACCAAUGGCAGCUGUAAUGCCGCUAGUGGCUUUUUCAACAUCUCACCGGCCUUCAAUUGGGCCGCCAGCAAUAUGGCCUAUAGCGGGCAAUCAUACAGUUCUCGCACUGCACUGGAUAUAUCAAAAUCGAUGCCAACAACACCUAUAACAACACCUUGCUUUCGUUACAGUCCCGUCGAACUGCAUCGUGACUUUCUGAUCAAUGGCAACACAAUCGACAGUCUGCCAUCUCCAGCUGUCGCGGCAUUUGGCGUAGGCAACACGCCAGAUGCUAUCUUAACCCUCAGCACCGAUACCCUGAUUGAUGAUGGUCCGCCCAAUAGCAGCGAUGUGGAGGCCAUGAUUGGUGCCGCUGAUAUACUCGAUAACUUGUAGAAUUUGCAUGAAGAGAAAGCUCAAGAUCUGGUGGAGAAUGCGGACGAAACGCAGCCAGAGUUGGUGGUGGAAUGUCUGCUGCAACAUGUGGACAAGCUGUAAAUGUCUCGCUGUACUCUCUGUCUGUAAUUACAAUCUGUGUUGUUGUAGUGUUCAAUCUAAAUAAUUAUUUACGAGCUUUCUCUUCGCAAUACCUCUGCGCUAGCCUAUCUUCCUCUCUUUAUUUACUGUUAACUUAUCAUAAACUAAGCUCCAAUUGGUUUCAACAAUGUCCAAAAAGUCAGCAGUUAAUCUGUCAGUUAAUUGUCAAUGUUUUUGCAUGUGCUUGAGAUCAGCCUCAACCAAGUAUCCCUCAGGCCCUUGUUAUAUAUACACGAGUAUAUGUACAGGUACAUGUAGGUGUAUGUGUAUGUGUAUCUAUGUAGUAUUUGUAAUUAUGUAUGCCGAUACUGUGUAUACUGCAUAUUGUUAUUAAGAAUGAACGAAGAAGAAAGAAAGAAUGGAAAAUGUUUAUCAUUUUCUCUAGUUGCAUAGUUUUUACUGUUGACCCUCGAUUUGAAAAAAAAAAAACAAAAACGAUAUAGUAAAAGAACCUUACAAAUGAAACGAACUUAAAGUCUGAAUGAAUUCAACGUGCAGCGGUUUUAAAAACAAUUAUAUAUACACAUAAAUAUAUAAAAUAUAAUGGAAUGUAACAUUUUAAAUGGAACCCCGUUUGGGGCACAAGAUUGUUUUACGAUCCCAAAACUAUACAUGAUAGUUCUAAGGUACAAAAGAAAAAAUCUUGUUGAGGGCCUGAACAAAACAAUAUGCAACUUGUUCUUUAACAAAUGUAACAAUUAUCAAGUUCAAGUCCAAAUGUUUAUUUGCGUGUGACGUAACUUGAAACGUAGUUCUGUAGAAUUCUGUUAUCAAAUCAAAUUGUCAACUUAUCUUUCGAUUUUAUUAACAAUCUAUCUAUGUAUUUCUCUACUCUGUAAUUUCUAUCUUUAUUAUUCUAUUAAAUUGUUAUAUUUUUCUACCCUAUCACUAAGCCAUAUUUAAUGGCUUUUAAUUAGAAUUAAGUGUUUGUUUGUUAUUGAAAGUGUUUUAUUUAAUGAUAAAUAACACACGAUAAGGGUUAUCAGCUGCUCUUUGAUUGUGUGUAGUUCUCUAGGUUUAAUUAUUAAUGUACCACGUUCAAUUAUCGAUUACUUUACUUUUACUUUUAUUGCUAAUUAAUGAUGUCCCGCAACUUAUGCAGUUUAUUCAACUAUCUUUUCGGUUUCUACGACUUUGAUCAAAGUUAGUCAGUUCAGCAUUUCAUUUAAGUAAAACCUUUCCAGACACAAUUUAAUGUUAAUUUGUUUGUAAAACAAAGUAAAAUUUAUACACACACACACAUAACAACAGAUCAACUUUCAGUUAUUCAGAAAGAUUAAUAAUUGUAAAACAAAAUCAUAAAUGUGCCUCAGGCUUUAUUGUAAAACAAUUAUAUACAUACAUAUACCAUAAAAUAUACACAUACAAACCCAUUAAGACGAUGAGUUAGCUAUAUAAAUAAUUAUAUACAAAUUAUACACUCAUUUACAA